AUGGCAUCACUGUACAAUAGGGCACUUGCCAAUGAGCAAAUCCUUAAAGCCCUUGAAAAGGAUCCGCCGUCGUUGACCGUGCAUCUGUACAAGGACAAUUGGCGCUUCAACCAAUCUGGCACUUGCCUGUAUCAUACGCCUAUCGCUUCACUUCUAGAUGAUAUCCGCGCUCAUCGCGUUCCGGUCGAUUUCCUCGAUAUCUUCAAACAAGCCAAAGUUCCAUUCUACAGUGGAUGUCUGAUCGUUGAGCUGUUUGACCAUCGUGAUAGUGCAGACCCAAAUGAAGCGGUUCCUCCUCAGCAUAUCGUUCUCUGGCCGACAGCUGAGGCUACCUGGGCCGAAUUGUGCUCACUUAAUGCUAGAGAUGGGGGAAUGUGGACGGACACUGAUGCUCUCAAUUUUGAGGCGAAAUUAUUACUACAAAAUGCCCCAGACUUGUGUCUAGAUCCUGACCCAUUGGUAUCCAAGGUGGCUAAUGCAGCGUUGUUGGUAACCACACCGCCGCUCUCACUUCCGUUCAAGAGGAAGAGAUCCGCUGACGACGCAUUUCGGGACGAAGAAGCAAAGGCCCAACGCGAUCGCAUGAUGAAGCUAAUGAACCCUCGAGCAGAGCGUGGUUUUCACGCCAGGUGA